UUUCAAUCGGUGUCGUGAAUUUGAAGUGAAAAGACGUUGCUAAAAUUGCUAAAAGUGCGAGUAAAAUAAUUAGCUUUUAAAAACAUUCAAAAUGGGAGCAUGGGAUAGCAUAAAAGAUUUUAGAAAGUACUCUAAUCAGUAUCUUGCAGCAUUCACAGUUACCCUGCUAACUUUAUCGGUGAUUGCAUCUUACGGUUGGACUUCGCCAACGCUACCAAUUCUACUGGCACCUGAUUCACCACUACCAAUCACACCCGAUGAAAGCUCAUGGAUCGUCUCAAUUCUGGUUCUGGCAUCGAUCGCUGGUCCAGUUCCGACCGCCUGGUCCGUAGACAAAUUCGGGCGGAAAUACACCAUGCUGUUUGCGGCUCUUCCAGCAAUAAUUGGAUGGGUUUUGAUUGGUGUGGCUCAAUCAGUGGAAGUUCUCUAUGUUUCGCGACUACUAAGCGGCCUGUCUUACGGUAUGGCGUACUCCUCGAUGCCUCUAUAUUUAGGCGAAAUUGCAUCUGACCCGAUUCGUGGAUCCAUCGGAACGCUGCUUACGGUUAUGGCAAAAGCUGGUAUUUUGAUAGAGUAUAGUAUUGGGCCAUUUGUCGAUUUCCGAACGCUGGCUUGGAUUUCAAUUGCCUUCCCAUCGGCUUUCUUCCUUCUAUUUAUGUGGAUGCCCGAAUCACCAUAUUUCCUAUUAGCGAAGGAGAAAAAUGAUUCUGCUAAAGAAAGCUUGCAAUGGCUUCGUAAACGCGAUGAAGUCACCGAUGAAUUGGCCAUGAUGAAAGCUGCUGUAGACCGAUCUAAACAAAACAAAGGAACGUUCCGAGAACUUUUUACAAAAGGAAAUAGGCGAUCGCUGACCAUCGUGCUCGGGCUUGGUGCACUGCAACAACUCUGCGGAAGUCAAGCAGUGAUCGCGUAUUCGCAACAAAUCUUCGAAGAAGUACAAAGUGGACUCGAGGCGCAUGAAUCAUCCAUCAUCAUGGCGGUUAUUCAACUUGUAACGGCUGCCCUCUCGUCUUCGGUGGUGGACCGCGUGGGACGAAGACCACUUCUGCUGAUUUCAACGGCUGGAUGUGCGAUUGGAACGUUUGUUGUAGGACUUUACUUUUUCUUGCAGCAGCAAGGAGUUGCAGUUCAAAGUGUUAGUUGGAUCCCACUCGUAGUGAUGAUGCUAUAUAUUGUUUCGUAUACGAUUGGCUUGGCCACGGUUCCAUUCGCAAUUUUGGGCGAACUUUUCCCUUCAAACGUGAAGGCCGUUGCAGCCGCAAUGUAUACCAUGUUUGCAUCCGCGGUUGGAUUUGGCGUGGCCAAGCUGUAUCAGGUUAUUUCGGACGAGAUUGGAACGUAUGUUUCGUUUUGGAUCUUUGCGGUGUGCUCCACAUUCUUUUUGGUAUUUGUCUUUUUAUUGGUGCCCGAAACCAAGGGCAAAUCACUUGAUCAAAUCUUGCAGGAGAUGCAUUCUCCGCAGAAACGAAGUUUAAACUGUGGAAGUUGUUGUGGACAGAAGAAAUCAGUUAGUUUUUGAAGUUGAUAGAAUUGUUUAAAAUUCUGCUUGGUCACUGUAAAAUAAAA